UUGUCGCAAUCUGAUUGGAUGGUCUCACGUCAACGUCAUGACGAAAGAGGAAGUGUGAGGAAGGAAAUCGCUGCAACGCCGGCGAGAAAGAAGCGUGGUGUUUAUUUAAUUGGAAUGGCUGCCUCUGGAAAGCUUGCAUCUUUCCGCCUACCUCCCUUGCCCACUGUCAGUGAGUUGAUAAAGCUGUACAAGCUGCGAGCUGAGAAACAGCUUUCUCAGAACUUCCUGUUGGACUUAAGGCUCACAGACAAAAUAGUGCGCCAGGCAGGCAAUUUGAAGAAUGCCCACGUGUGUGAGGUGGGUCCGGGUCCCGGUGGCUUGACCCGCUCCAUUCUGAACGCUGGGGCUACAGACCUGUUUGUGGUGGAGAAGGAUUCACGCUUCAUCCCCGGAUUAACGUUGCUGUCUGAGGCAGCACCGGGCAGGAUGAGGAUUGUCCAUGGUGACAUUCUUACCUACAAAAUGGACAGAAGAUUCCCAACAAGUAUCUGUAAGCCUUGGGAGGAAGAUCCACCAAACCUUCACAUCAUAGGGAAUUUGCCCUUCAACGUGUCCACCCCUCUCAUCAUCAAAUGGCUGGAGAACAUGGCUAACAGGACUGGUCCUUUCGCUUAUGGACGCACCCAACUUACGCUCACCUUCCAGAAAGAGGUGGCAGAGAGGUUGACAGCCAGCACGAAGAGCAAACAGAGGAGCCGCCUGUCUAUCAUGGCUCAGUAUCUUAGCACCGUCCACCACUGUUUCACCAUCCCCGGAAAGGCUUUCGUUCCCAAACCAGAGGUGGAUGUUGGAGUUGUUCACUUCACUCCUCUGGUUGAGCCUCUCAUCCAGCAGCCCUUCAAACUGGUGGAGAAAGUGGUGAGGAAUAUUUUCCAGUUCCGCAGGAAGUUCUGCCACAAAGGAAUCGGGAUGUUGUUCCCUGAGGCCAGUCGUGACGCGCUGACAGAGGAGAUGAUGCACAAGGCAGACGUGACGCCCACCCUGCGGCCCACAGAACUCACCAUCCCCCACAUCAAGGCGCUAGCGGACGCCUACGCUCACAUGUGCGCCCGCGACCUGCACCUGAUCCACUUUGAGUUCCGAGACGAGCUGCGACUGAAACACUUGUCCAAGCGGGAGAGGAGCGCAGAUGCCGAGCGGGACGGCGGAGAGCCCCCGGCGACCACGGUGAAAAGGACAAAGAGAGAGACGAGCUCCUGUUAGCGGCUUUGACAUUUCCACCUGGCGCUGAGAUGCAUUUUUUAACACGCUUUUACACGCAACCAGCAGCAACAACUGUGCGUGUCUGCUUCAAGUUGGGGGACAUAAUGGAGUGUUUGUUGUAGAAUAGCUCAACUAUCAUGUGGGUGUAAAUAACAUGACUGCAUCAUGUCCAGGUCAUUUAUUUGUACGUCACUUGGGAGGCGGAGCCACGUGGGAGGACAAUAAGCCAUGAGGAAACAUGCAUGUGAUGUGUGGUGGGAAAACAUAUCUAAUCUCACAUUCAUGUGUUUUUUUUUUCAUUACUGUAUCUCACUACUAUGAUGUCACAUUGCUUUCUAAUAAACAAAAAAAGUCACUUA